AUGGAGAUGGGAUCACCCCCACUGCCGCACUGUGACAAUUAUUCUUCAUCUGAUGAAAGUGUUGAUAAUACAAAUUAUGGAGAUUUACAUACCCCUGAUUGCCCUAUCGAAGUAAAACCCUUUGUUGGUCGUAACUUUCCCACAUUGGAGAAGGCAAUUCAGUUUUAUGAAAAUUAUGGGCGACGUGUUGGUUUUGAUACCAUCAAGUGCGGCUCUAAAAAAAUUGAUCAACUCACCAUAUGGUUUUAUAUGGCGUGUAGUAGAGAAGGUGAAAAAAGAGUGCAAGACAAGCAAGCUGAACGCAGACGUAAAUCCAAGAAAUGCGGCUGUAAUGCUAGGGUUGCCUUCAAGUUUGAUUCCGACAGAGGCUACGUAAUCAAUAAUUUGAAUGAAGAACAUAAUCAUCCUAUGGUACUUCCAAACCACCAGAAAUUCAUGAGGCUCAAUCGAGUUCUUGACGAUGUCCACCAAAAAUUUAUUACCGAUUGUGCCGGUGUCAAUAUUGGUCCAUCACUAACAUUUAAAUUGUUGACUGAAUUGAUGGGUGGAUAUGAGUCGGUCGGGUGUACUGUAUUGGACGUUCGCAAUUACACCCGAGACAUUAAGAGAUAUGCUGAAGGACAUGAUGCUCAGAUGAUAUUAGAUGAGCUAAGGAAGAAGAAGGAAAGUUGUGACGCCUUCACGUACGAAAAUAUAAGGUACUCUAUGAUAUUUGCUCCGUUCACUGGUAAGGACAAUCAUGGAAGAGCUGUGACAUUUGGUGCCGGCCUUCUUUGUAGUGAGAGUGCAGACUCUUUCUCCUGGAUAUUCCGGCAGUUUGUGAAGUGCAUGGGUAUAGCUCCGAAAUUGAUCAUUACUGACCAAGACUUGGGAAUGAAGGUUGCAGUCGAGGAGGUCCUAGUGAACACACGUCAUAGAUGGUGUAUGUGGCACAUCAUGGCAAAAGUUGCUGAGAAGGUCCCAAAAUCAUUGCUUGGUAAUGCAGAUUUUAAGGAGUUAAACUCAUGUGUCUGGUCCGAGUUGAUUGAACCCACCGAGUUUGAAGACACUUGGCAUAAGAUUAUGGAGGAAUAUGGACUUGAAGACACUGAUUGGUUUUCUACAAUGUUUCGAUCAAGACAGUAUUGGGUUCCAGCAUACUUUAGAGACUUUCCUGCUAGUUCUUUGAUAAAGACAACCUCUGUUUCUGAGUCCCAGAAUAGUUUUUUCAAGAGGUAUAGCAAGGCCAAAGCCAACCUUGUUGUGUUCUUAAUGAACUUCAACAAUGCUUUGGAGGCUCAAAGACACCAAACGGCAAAGCUUGAUUAUAUGGAUGCUAAUACCACAUCGACAUUGAAAACACAGUGGCCUAUUGAGAAGUAUGCUUCUACAAUAUUCACUGACAGUGCAUUCAAGGAAAUUCAAGACCAAAUACUGGAGGCAUACAAUCAUUGCAGUAUUUUGGCGAUAUCAAAUGAAUCUACUCAUGACAUCUACAAGGUAUUAGAUCAUUUCUCAAACACAUGGAAUGUUACAUACUCAGAAUUAGAUUCUGCCUUUGAUUGUGGUUGCAAAUUGUUUCUGAGAACUGGUCUUGUAUGCUGUCACAUCUUCCUUGUGUUGAAACACAAAAACUUUAAGUUGAUUCCUGACAAUUUGAUUGGAGGUCGAUGGUUAAAGUCCCCACUAGUAAAGUCAGCUCAUGGUGUUGACAGUGAAGAUGUGAUUACUCAUGUCUAUGUGGAUGAGAAGAAGAAGGCUUCGUCUAUCUUGUUGGGUGAAAUGUUGUCUUUGUAUCAAGCUGCAGCAGAUUUUUGCCGAUGGUGUGGUAUUGUCAGCUGCACAAAAGAAGCAGCGUAUUGA